AUGAAAAAGCAGAAAGUUCGUUUUGAAGCUUUUCGCCACAGUAUCAAAUGUCCUAAAUGCGGUGAGAAAAUACGUAAAGCUGACGAAGAGCAUCAUCUUGUGUACGAGUGCACAAAACAGUUCGUUCACUGUAGAUUUUGCGAAAUUGUGUUGCCAAGAGAAAUUGCAAAUGAUCAUGAAAAUUAUUGCGGCUCGAAAACGGCUAUUUGCAAGAGCUGUGGUGAUCAUGUGAUUGUUAAAGAUUUUGAUUAUCAUAGAAAAUUUUGUGAAGGCGAUAAUACUACUCUCCCAUGCGAGUUUUGCAAAAUGCUUGUGCCAGCUCAUGAGCUUGUUUGGCAUCAGAGAAAGUGUCUUCAGCAAGGUGGCCUGGUUGAUGAAAAUUUCAUGCGUAAAGAAUAUAACGGCGAAGGUCUUCGACAAUCCACAAACAAUCCGAACGGAAACCGAGGGAGUGUUUUAUUUGAAACACAAGAGAGAGAUGAAAUAAGAGAGGAAAGAGCGAAGGAAGAAUUCGACGAGGCAGAUCGAAGGGUUGAUCGAGUCAGCGAAACACGUGCCAAGGCAGCGAGAGAAAGCAUCAUCAUUGUAGCGUUGCCUUGUGAGAUAUGCGGAGAACUCUGCCCUUCUGACAGACUAAUGGAUCAUCAGAUAGAAUGUCAAAGGGAGAGGGAAAUUACGAUCGAAAACGACCCUGACGAGUCACUACACGCUUCGCCCAGGACAUUUGAUUCUGUGUUUACCAGACACGACUACGCAGAAAAAUCGGGCGUGAGGUACUUUGAAGUUCGAAGAAGCUAUAGCCCAACAAUAGAAUUUACAGAUGAUGAUGUAUCAUUGGAGAGUGAUAUUGGUUUUGGAUCCGGCUCGAGGGACCAGCGAAAGUCGACUAACUCUCCUCCGUCAAUGCAAGAGGGAUUCACCACUGAACGCGACUCUAGUGCGUCUGGUGUAAGCCUCAUAGAAUAUCAGCGAGGUUAUAGUCCUGAGAUGAACUUUGAAGCGGAAACUGAACCGGAAUUAUUUAUGCCUAAUUUUCCGACAUUUUGUCUCUCUCUAGAGGAGUCACAUUUGCACGAACGCGGUGAUUCUUCAAGAUUCAACCAAGUGGAAAGCCGUUUUAGGGAGGAAGGAAAGUGA